CGGCCAGCAUUAUUUCCUUUCAGUGGCGUUGAGUUCGCGCAACGAUCAAAACAGUUUAACUGCGUGUUGACCGCGCUGAUACCCGAUUCGUAAAAUCGCGGGUACAGGUCAAGCCAACGUGACACCGACCUCUCUGCUGUCGGGUCCGGUUUUGCUUUUGGUUUUGCGCGCUGACUGGCGCGCUGCCAUCGGAGAGCAACGGUGCUGUGUGACUGAGCAGUAGGCACAGAGCCGGUGAGCACGUGGGAUUUCCAGUUUCUUUGCUAUGCAUUGCACUUUUUAGGGCGCGCGUUGGGUGGAUGUCGAGAGACUGGACAGUGACCGCAUAGCGACCAGUGGCGGCAGAGGCGAUGGCCCCGAUAGAACUGGAAAACAAAGCCGAAGAGGAGCUACAGAACGGCGGUGACCACAACAAAAGGCUGGCUUGCGACUCGCCGGAAAAGAUUGUCCAUGUGGCUGCGAUCAAGCCGUCGGAAAAAACUGUCGGUCCCAAAGAGAAUGGUAGCUUCGACGAUGUGGCAAACGCCAGCGACCUCCUUUCGGAAACACAGACGCCAUGCAUGUCCCCGCGUCGCAUGCGCCGGGAGAGACUAUGGUCAGGUUCUGCGAAAGAUGACUCCCUGCUCCUUACGCGGCAGCGUACCAUCUACACAGCGGGACGACCGCCCUGGUACAAUGUUCAGGGACAACUUGUGGAGCCCUUUGUCAUUGGCAUCUGCGGCGGCAGUGCUUCGGGCAAGACCACUGUGGCCAGGAAGAUAAUCGAGGCGCUCAACGUUCCAUGGGUCACAUUGCUCAGUAUGGAUUCGUUCUACAAGGUUUUGGACGAGGAGCAGCACCGGCUAGCCGAUGAAAACCAGUUCAACUUUGACCAUCCAGAUGCGUUUGAUUUUGAUCUGCUCAUCGAGACGCUCAAGAAGCUGAAGGAAGGCAAACGCGUCGAGGUCCCCAUCUACAACUUCGUGACGCACGCGCGUGAGAAGCGCUUCAAGUUCAUGUACGGCGCAAACGUCAUCAUCUUCGAGGGUAUCCUCUGCUUUGCCAACAAGCAGCUGCUCAAUAUGAUGGACAUGAAGAUUUUCAUAGAUACAGACAGCGACAUCCGGCUAGCACGGCGGUUACAGCGUGACAUCACUGACCGGGGCCGUGACCUCGAGGGCUGUCUGGCCCAGUACGAGCGUUUUGUGAAGCCAGCCUUUGACCACUACAUAGCGCCGUCCAUGGUUCACGCUGACCUCAUCGUGCCCAGAGGUGGCGACAACCACAUUGCCAUCAACCUGAUCGUUCAGCAUGUCCACACGCAACUAGUCUCGCGGGGCUUGAAACUACGCUCCAAGAUGGCCGAAUCGCACACCGACCAGCCUUUGCCGGCCUCGCUGCACCUACUGCCACAGACGCCUCAGCUGCGUGGCAUCCACACUUUCAUCCGCAACCGGGCCACGCAGCGUGACGAGUUCAUCUUCUACUCCAAACGACUCAUGCGCCUCCUCAUGGAGUACACUGUGGCCCAGCUGCCCUUUCGGGAUGCCACCGUGGAGACUCCUCAAGGCAUCAGCUACAAUGGAAAGCGCAGUGCGGCCGGGAAGAUCUGCGGUGUGUCCAUCCUUCGUGCGGGCGAGACUAUGGAGCAGGCUCUGUGCGACGUCCUGAAGGAUGUCCGGCUGGGAAAGAUUCUCAUCCAGACCAAUCAGAGCACAGGAGAGCCUGAGCUCUACUAUCUACGCUUGCCCAAAGACAUAAAGGACUACACCAUCCUACUAAUGGACGCCACAGUGGCGACUGGAGCGGCAUCCAUCAUGGCUGUGCGGGUGCUGCUUGACCAUGACGUGCCUGAAGAGAACAUCAUGCUCGUGUCUCUUCUCAUGGCUGAGUCUGGUGUUCACUCGGUCGCCUACGCGUUUCCCAAGGUUCGCAUAAUCACCACAGCCGUUGACCCUGUGGUUACGGAGAAGUUCUACAUUGAGCCGGGCAUCGGAAAUUUCGGAGAUCGGUACUUUGGCACCGAAGCACUCGAGUACUUGUGACAAAAGGGACGACCUAAUCGGGGGACAGAAAACCUGUCCUCUGCUCCAAAGGGGCCCAGUACAGCUUCCUGCCUUCAAUCACACGUGCAGUGAAAUAGUGCUGCACAAGGCUUUUGAUGUGCGACAGACGGUUCUGUGAUGCUGACGCCGAAUCUCGCCUUCUUCGUCGCAAAUCAUUGAAGAGAGGCAGUGCCUAUUUUUUGUAUGUAUAUAUCUCAUAAUGGGUGACUCGUCUCUGCUUGCCUUAAUGUUUCUGCGCGAGAGAGUCCGUUCGUCGAAUUUCUCAGGACGUUGCACCAGUAGGUGUUUGGAGCGUGUUGACCUUGCAGUCCUAUUGGAAUUUGCUGUCAUUGUUGUCGUGCUUUUUGGCUUUCCGGUCUUCUUAACUCUUCCAGGGUGACUUCAGCAACACAUGUGCAUUUUUUGUUCUUUAACUGUACGGGUGUGCCAUUAGGGCACUACGAAAUGAACGUGACAUUCAACUCUGACUUUGUUUUAUACACCACUACUUGCUUUCAGCCCAGGUGAUGGAGGGUUUUUUUGGGGGGCCUUUCGACUGCCUCGCUCAUACCGUUGGGUACAGCCAAUCACUCUGCCCAACUGAAGCUGCGUAACAUUUUAAUCGCAUUUGGGAAAAGCCUAGCUCCUUCAUCCUUACCCUUUCAGAGGUGAUGUGUUUUUCACUGCAAUUUUUUUUAGGAAAAGAGCCUUGCAACUGCUGAUGCUUUGCCCGAGGAGUUCGUUAAAAGCAAUCAUGAUGCGCUCUCAUCUUUCAGAAACAUAUGGUGCAGUUAUUAAUUUGUCAUGCAGAAAUGUGAGAUAACAGACCACGAAAGUAUUUCUUGUAACACGCUACAUGUCCAGUAUUCACUUGCUUCAGUACAGUACUGCCAUUCUUGAGCUUACAGUUGCGGGCGAAAGCAGGAUACGGUGUGAAGACUUGCAUUUAUUGUUUAGUUAACGGAUCUCUUAUUUUGUUACUCAAAAUGAAUUCGCUCGUGUGGUUUUGCCCCUUUGAUGAUUGCUUUUCGUUUUCGUUGUGAUUAAGGGAACAUCACAUGUUUUGACGUAGAAUAUAAUCAUCUAAGUAUAUUGGGGUAAAUGUAAUCGUAAUUUCCCCAUCUUUAAAAGUGUACGUGUCUCGUGCUCGAAAUACCAGGCCGUUGUUUUGAUGGCAAACCGUAUGUGCUGUGUUACUUCAGCUAGUGGUAAUGACGUGUUUAGUCAAUAGUUAGCAAUCGCGUGUAGUACUCUGACAAUUCUUGCUAGCGAGGCUGUUAUUUGUAUUUUGUAUUGUCCAUUUGAUACUAUAUUUGAAAACUUAUGUGCCACAAUAGCGUUUGCACAUUGCGAGCAUUGCGCACUUUCUGGCGAAGUGGCAUGUCUUUUGAGUUUUGUGUGAAUUGUAAAAUGGCACGUUAGUGCUGUUGCGUAGUACGGCUGGCAUUGAUAAAGCACAUUGUUUGUUCUGAAUGUGGCUUUUUGUUUAAACAUAGCCAUUGUGUUUCGCAUUGUGUGUUCUCAGUUGCCCGCUUUAACGUAGUGGUUUGUACUAGCAGUUCAGAACGGUGCAGCCGAGCUGACAUUAGCAGUUUACCGCUGUUGUUCCUAUUCUGGGUGCACAGAACUUUCUCAUUACUUGUCAAAGAGCGCCACUUCACAGUCCAAUACACAUGAUCUUGCAAAUGCAGCCAUGGGUAGGCUUGUGCACUCAAACUCCAUUAUAACAAAGUUGCAUCUCCCACAAAAGUAAGCUCGUUAUAUCCAAAAAUUCUUUAUGAAGGUAUAUAUUUGUAACACCAUAUGUAUUGGAAGAUGAUUACUUUACUUCGUUAUCACCUAUAUUUCUCUAUAUGCAGAUUCGUUAUAUCGAGCUUUGAGUGUAUAUCACAAAGGAGCCAAACCCAACUGCUGCAUCAUAGUCUUCUUCCUGGUCCAUUUUUUAUUUUGUGGUGUUAUGGCGUCAAGAGAACAUGUUGACCAGUUAGUCACAUUCGUAUCACCUAUAUGGGUGACCGCACUUUUAUUUUGUGCUUUGUUCAAGGCCGUUUAUAUUUUGAACUUUGGUAUGAAGGCGUCUAACGUGAAAAUAUGUUAUAUCUGAAAGUUGUACGUGUCCGUAUUUUUUUCGCGCUGUUAUUCGUCGGAAGCAUUUUGCAUUUACCUGCUGUAUCCGAUAAUUGAAAUCUGUAUUCGAUUUUGUUUGGGUUCAUCCUUAGUAUUUGUUGCAGUCCACUUGGGUUGGUACCAAGGAGUCAUCUGCAAAAGUGAAUGACUCCUUAUUUGCUGUUGUUUGUAGGAUGCACUCUUCACGUGUGAUACAAGCCUUGAUGCUUUUGGGUAUAUAUGUUUCUUUUCCUUUUUUUUUUAUAUCUGAGUGAGGCAUCCUUAGCCUGCCAGGAAUGGCCUUAGGUAUUUUUUACACAAUAGUGGCUGUCCCAACUGUGUAAUUUGACAGCAUCAAGUCAUUUCUUUACACAAUUUUGGAUAUUUCUAAUAAUGAAAUAAAACUGGUACGGUCAACA